CCGUUAAGCUGCUAGAGUUAGGUACUCAUAGCGACAAAAGGUAUACUGUGAACUGCAGGAGUCCAAUACAUACAGUAAUCGAAUGAAGCAAGACUGAUUUCUAACGUUAGUGGGCAAGUUAAUGUCCAAUUGAAAACUGAAUUUCAAGUGCGGAGUCUGAUAGUGUGCGCAACGUCGAAUUUUCGGAAUGGUGGAUGAAUAUGCUACUCCAGAGGAGAAGGCAGCUAUUUGUGCCAAACUAGUUUUACUUGCUCCUCCAUGUGAAUUUAACGAGGUUUUAGAUGAUAUUCGUUCUAUAUCCGGUGAUGAUCAUCAAAUACAGAAAAAAUUAGCUGCUGCUAUAGCACAGUACAACAAAGAUCAAAUGAUUCAUGUCAAAUUACCAGGCUGCGAGUAUCCAUCUCUAAUUACUUCGUACGCAGACAUAGGGAGUGGAUAUUUCAUGUGCCCACGAUCUCAACAAUCAUUCCAUUUUGAUCACCUCAAGCAGACAGUCAGUGAUAUUAAAAGUUUGGAUCGUAGCAAUGUUGAAAAUAUAGACCAUGAGUUAGAGGACUGGAGACUUGCUCUGCAGGAAUGUGCAACUGUUUACGUAAAUGAACACUUUCCUGAGGGAGCUGUUUCAGUGUACGCCUUACGAUUACACGAUGGCGCACGAAGUCUUGUUUUAUGUAUUGAAUCUCACUUCUCUAAACAUCAAUCAACUGGACGAUGGAGAUCAGAGUGGAUAUUCAAGCUACUUGGACAAUCACCUAUGGAGUUCUCAGUUCAUGGUAUUAUUAAAGUUCAGACACAUUUAUACGAGGAGGGUAAUGUUCAGUUGAUUUCAUCUAAGGAAGUUGAUUUUGUUGUUUCUGGUUCUGUUCCGAAAGAAUUCGCCAAAGAAUCGUUGAAGAAGAUAAAACAUGCUGAUUGUGCAUAUCAGGUUGGUGUUGCAGAGAAUUUCAAAACAAUGUCAGAUACAACAUUCAAAGCACUUCGCCGACAACUUCCACUGACUCGUUCCAAACUCGAUUGGAAUAAGAUUAUCACAUAUCAGAUAGGUAGUGAACUAGCAAAAGCACCACAGAAUUAAUCGCGAAAUUCCACUUAGAAGAAUACUCAUUCGGGAGUGUGUUUGUGUGUGUGUGUGUGAGUAUGGAUCCAAAUUGAAUAUAUGAUCAGCAUAAAACGCCGAAAUUUUAUUGAUCUUAUUUUAAAUUCAUUUGAUGUGUAUUGUAUAAUAAAACGUGUCAAAAAACUAAUAUCAACAAUAUUUUUUUUACUGAGCUUAAAUUAUUCGUUACUGCCUUGUUUCUUUUACCGCCCGACCGACUUCAGGGAGGGGUAAGGGAGGGAAGACAAGUCGAGACGCAAAAGUGAAGCGCAAGGCAGUAGUGCUAUUGAUUCACAAUCGGAAUUUUGUUGUUUUGGUUUUCUUUUUGCACGCCGCGCAUUGUUUUGCUUUUGUUUUACAAAUUAAUUAAUUUCUCA